AAGAAAGAGAAGAAGAUACUAGAAGAAAAGAAACCCUUUAAUUAUUCUCACUUCCCUUUUUUCCCCAAACCUCUCUCUCGGGAAAUCGAAAGCAACGACGAGAGACUUAUAAAGAAACAGACGAGACUUUUUAACACUCAAGACCUAAACAAACACUCUUUGUAUCUCUCUCGCCCGCCGAUCGGAAGCAAAGUUUCUCAGAAACAAAGAUGGAUGCAACGAAGCUUAGUGAGCUCAAGGUCUUCAUCGACCAAUGCAAGUCUGACCCUUCCCUUCUCUCUACUCCUUCCCUCUCCUUCUUCCGCGACUACCUCGAGAGUCUUGGUGCUAAGAUACCUACUGGUGCUCAUCAAGAAAACAAAGACACUAAAGCGAGGAGUUUCGUAGUUGAAGAGAGUGAUGAUGAUAUGGAGGAAACUGAAGAACUAAAACCUAAAGUGGAGGAAGAAGAAGAGGAAGAUGAGAUUAUUGAAUCUGAUGUUGAGCUUGAAGGAGACACUGUUGAACCUGAUAAUGAUCCUCCUCAGAAGAUGGGGGACUCAUCAGUGGAGGUGACUGAUGAGAAUCGUGAAGCUGCUCAAGUAGCUAAGGGCAAAGCCAUGGAAGCCCUUUCUGAAGGAAACUUUGAUGAAGCAAUUGAGCAUUUGACUGAGGCAAUUACUUUGAAUCCGACUUCAGCUAUUAUGUAUGGAAACAGGGCUAGCGUCUACAUUAAGUUGAAGAAGCCAAACGCUGCUAUUCGAGAUGCAAACGCUGCAUUGGAGAUUAAUCCUGAUUCUGCCAAGGGAUACAAAUCACGGGGCAUGGCUCGUGCCAUGCUUGGAGAAUGGGCAGAGGCUGCGAAAGACCUUCACCUUGCUUCUACGAUAGACUAUGAUGAGGAAAUUAGUGCUGUGCUCAAGAAGGUUGAACCUAAUGCCCAUAAGCUUGAGGAACACCGUAGAAAGUAUGACAGAUUACGUAAGGAAAGAGAGGACAAAAACGCUGAGCGUGAUAGGCUACGUCGCCGCGCUGAAGCACAGGCUGCCUAUGAUAAAGCUAAGAAAGAAGAACAGUCAUCAUCGAGCAGACCAUCCGGAGGCGGUUUCCCAGGAGGUAUGCCCGGUGGAUUCCCUGGAGGUAUGCCUGGAGGAUUCCCAGGAGGUAUGGGUGGUAUGCCCGGUGGUUUCCCAGGAGGUAUGGGUGGUAUGCCCGGUGGAUUUCCAGGUGGUAUGCCGGCAGGAAUGGGCGGUGGUAUGCCAGCAGGAAUGGGUGGUGGUAUGCCAGGAAUGGGUGGUGGUAUGCCAGCAGGAAUGGGCGGUGGUAUGCCAGGAAUGGGUGGUGGUAUGCCAGGUGCAGGCGGUAUGCCGGGUGGUAUGGACUUCAGCAAAAUAUUGAACGAUCCUGAGCUAAUGACGGCAUUUAGCGAUCCAGAAGUCAUGGCUGCUCUUCAAGAUGUGAUGAAGAACCCUGCGAAUCUAGCGAAGCAUCAGGCGAAUCCCAAGGUGGCUCCGGUGAUUGCAAAGAUGAUGGGCAAAUUUGGAGGAGGUCCCAAGUAAACAAAAUAACUAGUUUUCUUCUCUUUGCCAUUACUGUGUUUUAAUUGCCUGAGAUGAGAGAUAUGUUGGAGAUUUUUUUUUCAUUUUAUGUUUCGUUGCAGAGAAGAACUUGAACAGAAGCUAAACUAUGUCCUCUUCGUUAGUAAUUUACCAUCUUUUUUUCGUGUUUCACUUCCUGUGUUUUGAAUACUUGGUCGGAGCAUCAGAUGGGAAUUGUUCUUAGAAUUUU